AUUUGCAUCUCAGCCUGUGCGAAAGAUUCCACACGGAUCGGGAUCGAUCGCACAUGGCCGCGGCGGCGCCGCCCCGGCGCAUCGGCAGGUCGACCGUCCACAUGGACGGCGGUGGCGCCGACAGGCCGACGCCGGCGAUUGAUGGUGUAGGCCGCACGUCCUCUGGCGCCGGGGCCGGGCGGCGGCCGGGCAUCAACCUCUUCUCGGGGCCGGUAUGUGCCGGCGUGUUCGUCUCCUUUGCGCUCUGCAUCGUCGCCUACUGCGUCUACUCCUUCCUCGCUCGUCGCCGCGCCAUCUUCGACGCCCGCCGCAGGUUCCUCGGCCGCGUGCGCGACAGCUUCAACCGCCUCUCCGAAUGGUCAGCCGACGGGCCAGCGACGCCGCCUCCGCCAGCAUCAGUGACAACGGCCGACCGCGUUGACGAGCCACCGCCUCCUCCAGUCGCGACCACGCCCCCCGGCUUUGACGUGCCACCGCCGCCUCCAGUAGCGACAACGACCACAUGCGAUGACGUGCCACCGCCUCCUCGAGCAGCGCCGGCCCGCCCUGCACGGGGAGACGCCUCCAACUCUGGCCUCGGUAACUGCCCGGUGUGCCUGGAGCCAUUACACGGGCGUACCAACAUCAUGGCGGCGCAGGCAUGCGCCCACGUGUUCCAUGCGUAUUGCAUCGAGCCAUGGCUCCACAGCCGGGGCUCCUGCCCCGUGUGCCAGUGCACUGACAACCCCACCUCCAUCCUCAUCCCUGACCCCGCCUCCACCUCCACCUCCAUCGGCGAAUGUCCGGUGUGCCUCGAGGCCUUGCGCCUUGAUUGUGGCGACGUCAGGGCGGCACACGCUUGCGGCCAUGUGUUCCACUCGCAUUGCAUCGAGCCGUGGCUCAACCAACAGGGCUCAUGCCCUGUGUGCCGGUGCACUGUCAGCUUCAACCCCAACUCCACCUACAACCCCGCCUCCAUCUCCACCUCCAACCCGACCCCAGACACGAACCCCACCUCCAUCCCGACCCCAAACUCCACCUCCAACUCCGGCCCCGUCGGCGAAUGUCCGGUGUGCCUCGAGCCCCUAUGCAUUGGUGGUGGCGACAUGAGGGCAGCUCACGCGUGCGGCCACGUGUUCCACUCCCGCUGCAUCGAGCGGUGGCGUGGUGAUGGUGCUCGCAACCAGUGAUGGUGCUCGCAACCCCCAAGAGACCGUGGUCAUGGUGAUUGCGGAACAAACGGGAGAGUAGGGGGACCGGAGCUAGCCGACGACGGUGACAUGCAAUGAUCCAUGACCACUUGCCUUGAACUACUCUCAGUGACUAAGACAACAUGCAACAAUGUUGGUAAUGACAAUGAGUGUGACAGAUUGCCAGAAACCAAUUGUAUUGUACGGUUGUUUUUUUGCUUUUGGAGUGAGCUUGCUUAGACAUAGUAGAUUUGGUCAGCAAAUUGCUUGGAUAUAUUUCAUGUAUGUCUUGUCAUUUGUUCAGUGACAAAAUUCUUUUGUUAUUGGUGUUAUAUAGAGUUUGUUACAAUGUAAACCAACCCGUAAAGAUAAGGGUUUGGAAUUCGAUUUGAUUCUUUUAUUGUAUCUCAAGCCUUGUAAUCUCUGGAUGUAAUUUGUUGCAUAUAUAAAUAACACGCACGCAUUGUGGA